UUUAAGGUGUGAGCAGGUCCACCAUGAACUCGUCUGGUCGUCAGGAAAGCUUCAGUGACGCUUUCUUAAAGAACUUCAUCGCCUUCACUGUCGGCUUCAUCAUCAACUGCAUCAACGGAGUGUUUGUCUACGCCUACUUUAAGAACCAGGUGUUCCAGAGAGACCCCAGGUAUAUUCUGUACAUCCACCUGGUGAUCAAUGACAUGAUCCUGCUGACCAUCACAGUGAUGAUACAGAUCCUGACCUACACCGGCCCCGUGGGCGCGGCGCCCUGCUGCAUCUUACUCACUGUCGCACUCACUACCAACAAGAACAGCCCUCUGAACCUCGCCGGCAUGGCGGUGGAGCGUUACAUCGCCGUCUGCUGUCCUCUUCAUCACGCUCAGAUCUGCACGGUGCAGCGAGCCCACGCUCUCAUCGCCGCGAUCUGGGUCACCUCCUUAAUCCCCGCCCUCUCUGACGUCAUCAUCGUCCUUGCCGUGAAGUCGCUCUCUGUGUUCUCGCGGCGCGUCAUCUGUCACGUGAGCUACGUGUACGACACGCCGUACCACAAAGUCAAAACGUUGUGCACACAGGUCAUCCUGUUGUCCUUUGUCUGCCUGACUCUCGUCGUCACCUACUUGAAGGUGCUCUGCGCUGCUCAGGCGGCGUCCGGAUCUGACCGGGCCUCGGCCAGAAACGCCCGCAACACCAUCCUCCUGCACGGCGUGCAGCUGCUCAUCUGCCUGCUCUCGUACACCUCUCCCUUCCUGAUCUUGUUUUUGGCCACCGUUUGGCCCCACGAGACCGCCAACAUCAUCUUCAGCUGCUACCUGUUGACCAACGUGCUCCCACGCCUGCUCAGCCCGCUCAUUUACGGCGCCCGGGACAAGAAGUUCAGCAGCCACAUCAGGCUGUUCUUCUUCUGUGAAUACUGCCGCCCUGCAGGACAGAGAGUGAACGCCAUGACAGGGUCGAGAAGAAUGUCAAACAAACUGUCACCCUGA